UCUGAUAGACCAUGAUCACCUUUAGUAAACAAGAUGGCGAACAUUGACGUGGAAGACGAGAAUAUUUUGACUUCUAUGUUCAAGGACUCAUUUCCAGAGAGUUGGAAUGACAAUCCUGAAUUUGUACAGUAUUUAUCGGAACUGAGCUCAUAUGGUGUUGACAAGCUAGCUCAGGAACCAGAUCGCUUGUCAGAGGCAAAGAGCCAGAUUCUACAAGAAACUCAGCACUUGGCUUUCCAACACUACAAAACCUUUAUCCAGACAGCAGAAUGUUCCCGAGAAAUAUUUGAAGAUUUUCAAAUCAUAGAAAAGCAUGUUGGAGAUAUGCUACAGAAGCUGCCUGACUUUUCAGAAGAAUGUGAGAAAGUUAUGAAAGAGGCUGAGGAUAUAAAUGCCAGCCGUCGUAUGAACACCUUGACACUCCAGCGUCACACCCAGCUGUUAGAGAUUCUGGAAAUGCCACAGCUGAUGGAUACAUGUGUGAGGAACAGUUACUACGAGGAGGCAUUAGAACUGGCGGCACACGUCAAACGACUCGAGAAGAAACACGCCAACAUUCCAGUUAUUGCUAACAUCGUGUCUGAGGUGAAGAACUCCGCUCAGCUUAUGUUAAACCAGCUGAUUCAGCAGCUGAGAACAAAUGUCCAGCUCCCCGCCUGUCUCCGCGUCAUCGGCUACCUCCGCAGGAUGGAUGUCUUUACCGAGGCUGAGCUCCGUAUCAAGUUCCUACAGGCUCGAGAUUCCUGGUUCCAGGGUAUUCUAGAUGCCAUACCAAAGGAUGACCCCUAUGUCCACAUUACCAAGACGAUAGAAGCAAGUCGUGUCCAUCUUUUUGACAUCAUCACACAGUAUCGCGCCAUCUUCUCAGACGAGGAUCCCAUACUGUCUACGAGUAAGGAAGAGACUGUAAAUGAAUCGGCACUGUUUCAUGGUUGGGUUGUACAAAAGGUUUCCCAGUUCCUGUCAAUCCUGGAAAUGAACCUCCGUCAGGGCGUUGGUGGACGUCUCGACUCUAUUCUGGGCCAGUGUAUGUACUUUGGACUCUCCUUCAGUCGUGUGGGUGCUGACUUCCGUGGACUCCUGGCGCCUAUUUUCCAGAGAGCAGCUCUUCAAGGGUUCAAGUUAGCUCUGGCAGAAUCUCUACAAAGGUUUGAGGGAAACAUGCAGUCAUACAAUUUACUGGCAGUGACAUCUACUGUAGGUAGUCUGUCCUAUAGUACAGGAACACAGUCCGGACAGAUGUUUCCUCCAGCUAUACUUCUGGACUACCACCCACUGGCAGCAUAUUGUAACGAUGUUCUGUCGGCCUUUAACGAACUACGUCUGUGUUCUCCUAUAUCUCUGGCAUGUAGUAUUGCUGAGGUUGUACAGGAAUCACUUCUUCAGAUCAGCCGCAUCACAUUGGCUUAUUACAGAGCGGAGGAGUCGACCUUUGACCCGAGGGAGAAGGACCAUUUUUGCCAAUUCUGUCAGGUGUAUGCCACUGAUCUUCUGCCUUACCUCAACAAAUGUCUACAGCAGUUAUUUCCCCCUGUCACUCUCGCCCAGAUACUAGGUGUCACUCUGACUGACCUUAACAAGAUGGGUAGACUGGGACUGGUGGAUAUUUUGGCGGUUCUUGACCCUAUCUCCCACCUGCUGCCUCAGAAGGAAGAUCCGAUUUCUGACCAAUCAGAUGCCAAUGUAGGUGCAACUAUCCAACCAAAUGCAGGCAGUGGUACACAAACCAACCAAUUAGAUUCUGUCAGUCUUACAAGACUGGACCAAUCAGAGUCAACGAAUGUUACAAAUAGUGACCAAUCAGAUUCUUCAACAAAACCGUCUGACCAAGGCAAAUCUGAGAUAGAUACUACUCUAAUUCUUAUGGACCAAUCAAAACCAGUGAUAGAAGAUACAAAGAAUCCUGUUGACCAAUCAGAAUCAAGUGUACAUGGUGAAUUAAAAGAUAUAAGCACUGAAGAAACUUCACCCAAAGUGACAUUUUCUACGGGAGAUAGUGACGACAAUGAGGACUUAUCUCCUACUGGUCCUACAGAAAUUCCUACGGAAAGUCAGGACAGUUCAGAUUCGGUAUUAAAUACGCUCGGUCAAGUGGGGGAAAAGAAUGACUAAUUGAAGGUUUUUAAAAUACUUUUUAUUGCAGUAAUACAUAUUUGUUUAUAUGGUGCAUAAAAGACCCUUGGUGUGACACAAGCUUUAACUUAUAACUGGGCUCAAAAAAUUAAAAGCUAUGAUAAAGAA